CUGAGCAAAGGGCAGAACGUGGAUGCAGGGGGAAAAGAAAAGAAAGAAAGCAAAAUAAAUUAGGUCCACACUUGGAGAUCUGAAGGAUCUUGCUAAGCACAGUUGCCACAGAGGAAAAUGGGUCUGCGUUACAUAUUUUCCGUGUUUGUGAGGGAGCUGCCUGGCUAUGUUAUUUUUGUUGGGAUCUUUAUGCCUGUGACUUUACUCCUGCUGCUGCUAAUUGCCUACUUCAGGAUGGAACUAUCAGAAGUUAAUGAGGAACUGGCCAUGCUACAAGACCCCGGAAAGGUCCUCCAGAAUUACCCUGGCCAGUGGCAGAAGCACAGGAGGUCUGAAAAAAAAGAGAACAAAAGCAAGAACUGAAGGACAUUUCAGGGCGUUUCAUGUCUCAGGAAGCAAGCUUACAUCUAGAACUGAGCUCAGGAGGUUUAAAAAUAACCAGCUGUAGAUAAUACCAUGAAGGAAAACAAAAUUUUGAGAAAAAAUUAGUGCUGUGUCGUACAAAUGAAACAGCCCUUGUUGUUCAAAAAGGUCUUUUAACAGUUUUGCUUUCUCACGUGAGGCCCAGUAAGCAGUACUUCAUGAUACUCAUCAGCCAUCAGAGACCUUUUGCAAUGCACUGUAUUGGUUCACUUACAUGACACAGGCUUUGGGAGGAGGGAAUGCACCUUGCUCACUAGCCCUUCCCUGGCCUACUGAGAAGAAAGCUAUGUAAUAAGCUUCAGAGAAAGCUGAGCUGGCUCAUAACAGGCAGGCAGCCUUAUUCAAUUGAAGAUGCAUAAACAGCAAGCUCAUGUCAAGAACUGACAUCAAGGAUAUUGAUAAAGGUGGUGAAAGGCAACUUGUUUUUUUUAAUUAGCUUGUACACUUUGGGAAAGACUGUAGGUUUUGUGAAGUGUGCUUUCCAUAGAAUUUGGAAGGAAAAUGUAACAGUGAUGGGAAACAAAAGGACUUCUCUCUGCUGAUUGACCAUGCCAAAUUUUGAAACCAUGAAAAGAUUCAGAUAGGAUUCUGUAAGCCAGUAAUUAUUCCAGUUUAAUGACAAAUGGAUGAAUUUUAAAUAAAUAAAUAAAAAAACCAUAA